UUGUUCAGAGGUGGUAAUGGCGGUCCUCAGAACGGAGUAACUGCAGCGCCAAAGGAAGAGCCAAUUCCUAAGGACAGCACGGAACCUCAAAAUGAGCUCCACAAACCAUUGGAAACGAGUCAGCGUGAUAAGUCCACCGACGGGCCAGCCCAAGCUGGAAAUGACCUGGACCACCGCCAGAGAACAGAACCGGCUGAAAAAGAAGCCCCUCAACCUAUGACCGAACAGAAGACGCUUGAUAGUAGUCAACCUAGUGUCGCAGAACCAGCUGUAAUCAACUUGGUGUACAAGGAGACUCAACAGAAGCAAGAGGAACCCACCAAAUCGCCGCCGAAGUUGGAGGAACCCAGUGCAGAGCCAGCAGUGAUUAGCAUAGUGUAUAAGGACCCAUCUGAAAAAAGAGUAGAGACACAGAAAGAUGAAAUCAAAAUGGGAGUUCCCAAUGAGCAACCAUCAGCCGUCUCUGCACCUGCGGGUGCCACGAAGGACGGAUUGCUGAGCGCUGGAGCGGACGCCACGAAGGACGGAUUGCCGAGCGCUGGAGGUUUGAAAUUAGAGCCGAAAGCGGAAGCGGUUCCUAUACCAGUUGAAGUGUUCACUCCGUCGCGAAGUCCCUCAGCUGAGAGGAUUGUAGAAAAUGCCACUACAGCAGCUGCAGCUGCUGAUGAGCCAGUUCUAAUUGAUCACACUACACCAGAGAUUCUGGAGCAAGCUGCUGAGAAUCGUGUGCACUUCAAAGAGGAAGAGAAAAAGCCUGCGGAUGUGGCAAAUAGGAGCGGAGCGGAAGUGAGCGGCGCCUAUCAUUGUUCCCUUCGAUUUAUUGAUGCCUAUUACCCACGCUUUCGAAAGGCGAGGUUGUUUGGAUUCGCAGAAAACCUUAUCCUGUGUAUAACAAUUCUCUGUUACUUUACAACAGACCUGUUGGGAUCCAUCAAUCGCGAUGUUUUCCGGCCUGUUGUGCAAGGCAGGGAGGAUAAAGGAUCAUAG